UUUUGGAUUGGUGUACCACGCGCGUACCACAGGUGUACCACGCGUGUACCCAUUGCAAAAAACAAAAACAAAAACAAAAAAUAGGUACGGCGUCGGUGCGUACCGGGGAAGUACCAUACGUGUACCGGUACCCAGUACGUAUCCAGUACCGAUACUCAGUCUAAAAUGGAGUACCCAUGCAACAUAGUUUUAGAGCCAUUCCAUAAAAAAAAAAAAAAAAAAAAAAAAAACUCAUUUUAGAGCCAAAAACCUGUUUUAUGGUAAACUCGCGUUUGAAGUCGUUUGACGCAGAACCAAAAGAGCACUUAAUCUCAUGAAUUACAUUAAACCAUGUACGAGGAAAUUCAACAAUCUUGUCACAUUAACUGCUCCAAAACCUCACCUUCACGUCGAUGCUUCCAUCAUCAAGACAGGUUUCGAUCCCAAUACAUACCGUUCCAAUUUCCUUGUCAGCACUCUUCUCCAACGCGGGGAUUUGAAAGGUGCUCGCAAAUUGUUCGAUGAAAUGCCUCACAAGAACAUAUUCUCCACUAACACCAUAAUCACGGGUUAUAUCAAAUCUGGCAAUCUUUCUGAAGCUAAAACCUUGUUUGAUUCCAUGUUUGAACGUAAUGCUGUUACGUGGACAAUGUUGAUUGGUGGCUAUGCUCAAAAUAAUCGAUUUCGUGAGGCUUUUGGCCUUUUUGUUGAAAUGGGUAGGCAUGGGAUUGAUCUGGAUCAUGUUACUUUGGCCACUUUGUUGUCUGGGUUCACUGAGUUUGAUUCUGUUAAUGAAGUUAGACAGGUUCAUGUUCAUGUUGUUAAAUUGGGAUAUGAUUCGACGCUUGUGGUUUCUAACUCGUUGCUUGAUUCUUAUUGUAAGACUCACAAUCUUGAAUUAGCUUGUCGCUUGUUCAAUGAUAUACCUGAGAGAGAUUCUGUUACUUUUAAUGCCUUGUUGACGGGAUACUCAAAAGAAGGGUUUAAUCAUGAAGCUAUUAACCUAUUUUUUAAGAUGCAGGAAGUCGGGUAUAGGCCAACCGAGUUUACUUUUGCUGCAAUUUUAACAGCAGGUAUACAGUUGGAUGAUAUAGAAUUCGGACAACAAGUUCACGGUUUUGUAGUGAAGUGUAAUUUUGUUUGGAAUGUGUUUGUGGCUAAUGCAUUGCUUGAUUUUUACUCGAAGCAUGACCGUCUUGUUGAAACAAGGAAGCUAUUUUAUGAGAUGCCGGAAGUGGAUGGUAUUUCUUACAAUGUACUUGUCACGUGUUAUGCGUGGAAUGGAAGAGUGAAAGAAUCUCUUCAAUUAUUCAGGGAAUUACAGUUCACUGGAUUUGACAGGAGACAAUUCCCAUUUUCUACCUUGUUGAGCAUAGCUGCAAUUUCUUUGAACUUGGAUAUGGGUAGACAAAUUCAUUCCCAGACUAUUGUGACGGAUGCGAUUUCAGAAAUCCUCGUAGGGAAUUCAGUGGUUGACAUGUAUGCUAAAUGUGGUAAAUUUGGGGACGCAAAUAGGGUCUUUGCAGAUCUGGCUCAUCAAAGUUCAGUGCCAUGGACAGCCAUGAUCUCGGCUUAUGUCCAGAAGGGGCUUCAUGAAGAUGGUCUAAAGCUAUUCAUUGAGAUGCAAAGAGCUAAAAUCGUUGCUGAUGCAGCCACUUAUGCCAGCAUUGUAAGAGCAUGUGCAAGUUUAGCCUCAUUGACGCUAGGAAAGCAGUUACACUCACAUAUAAUUGGAUCGGGAUACAUUUCAAAUGUAUUUUCUGGGAGUGCACUAGUUGACAUGUAUGCAAAAUGUGGAUCCAUAAAAGAUGCACUUCAAAUGUUUCAAGAGAUGCCCAUAAGAAAUUCAGUCUCCUGGAAUGCACUGAUUUCAGCUUAUGCACAAAAUGGAGAUGGUGACCGUACCCUUAGAUUGUUUGAAGAAAUGGUUCGUUCGGGUUUGCAGCCAGAUUCUGUUAGCCUCCUUAGCGUUCUGUGUGCUUGCAGUCACUGUGGUCUAGUUGAAGAAGGCUUACAGUACUUCCACUCCAUGACAAAAAUUUAUAAACUUGUUCCUAAGAAAGAGCAUUAUGCAUCGGUAGUUGAUAUGUUAUGUCGUGGUGGAAGAUUUGACGAGGCAGAGAAAUUGAUGGCUCAAAUGCCUUUUGAACCUGAUGAAAUAAUGUGGUCAUCUAUUCUCAAUUCAUGCAGAAUCCAUAAAAAUCAAGAGUUGGCAAAGAAAGCAGCAGAACAACUAUUCAAUAUGAAGGUACUUAGAGAUGCUGCUCCAUAUGUUAGCAUGUCCAAUAUCUAUGCAGAAGCUGGUGAAUGGGACAAUGUAGUGAAGGUGAAGAAAGCCAUGAGAGACAGAGGAGUAAAGAAAGUCACUGCUUAUAGUUGGGUCGAAAUCAAGCACAAAACUCAUGUUUUCACAGCCAAUGACAAGUCUCAUCCACAAAUGAGAGAUAUAAUGAAGAAGCUUGACGAGUUGGAAGAGAAAAUGGUGAAACAGGGGUAUAAACCAGACUCAAGUUGUUCCCUUCACAAUGUGGAUGAGGAAGUGAAAGUAGAAUCUCUCAAAUAUCACAGUGAACGCAUUGCCAUUGCCUUUGCACUAAUUACCACCCCAAAAGGUUCACCUAUAUUGGUAAUGAAGAACCUGAGAGCUUGUACUGAUUGUCACGCCGCCAUCAAGGUGAUCUCCAAGAUCGUUGAUCGAGAAAUCACAGUCAGGGAUUCAAGUAGGUUCCAUCAUUUCAAGGAUGGGUUUUGCUCGUGUAGAGACUACUGGUAGCCUGGCUUUGUUCAAUCCUUAAAACCAUUAAAUGAGAGGUAAUCCAUAGAAAGUAGAGUUUCCAAGGCUAAGCCACUUUUUUACUAUCAUUAUAACUCAAGUUGUCUCACUCUUGUACCAUUCUUCCAAAGACCCAUAAAAAAUAUAUUUUUUGUUUUUUUACAUGUAAUCAAUCCUCAAACAAAUUGAUUAAGAGCGAAUCGUAGAAAGUAUUGUAAGGCAACGAAAAGUUGCUGUUCAAAAUUGGUGGUAUACUUGCAGCAAAUUAUAUAUCAAACCUGAAGUAUUUAAUAAAUAUCAACCAGUUCACUAUUUAAAUUCGUGUUAUCCAAUUUUGUUCCUGUCUGGUUUUUAUUCAACCAUUCUAAUAAACUGAUAAAAAAAAAAAUGACAUUCUGAACUGAUGUUAUCCAAUUUUAUGCCUGCAUGAUAUGAUCUUUAAAUAACGAUUCAUAUUUAUUUGUAACUGGCUACGGAA